AUGUCCAAUUUUAAACGGCGGGAGGAGGAGGAAGAAGAAUUGGAUGAAAUGAUUCUCGCCAAAGAGCCCUUAUUUUUCAAAAAGCCCAAGAAGAAAUCAAAGAAGUCUAGGGAGAAUGAAGAGUUCAAACCAGUAGCGUUCAAGAGUCUUAGAGGAAACAAAUUCAAUUUCCAGAAGUUCAAUCAAGAUUAUAUACUAAAACAGUUAGAUCUUGUUGAAGACAAUAGUAAUGACAAUCUGGAUCAUCCUGAAAACAACAACAAAGAAGAAAAAGAAGAAAAAGAUAACGAUGACGACGAAGAUGAUGAUGAUGAUGAUGAAUAUCCGCUUACAAUGUUCAGCAAUAACAAGAAACAAGGACGGCGAAAACCCAUCCCUUCUGGUAAGAAAAGGGAAAAAAGAGCUGAGAACAAGGGCCUGGCAGUACAUACAUUGACCACGGACGAAGCGCGGAUCGCCGCUAGCCAGCCUCAUCAACCGUUCAGCGAGGAUCGGGGGAAACAAGCAAGGUACAAAGAAUACAUUUCCAGCGUGUUGGCGAAUGACGAUGUGCCUGUGAUAUUCAAUUCGCAAGAGCGGCAAGAAUUCGAUAACAUCACCAAGAUGUACCUGUUGUUGAACCGGUGCAUGAAAGACAAGUUUUCGUCCUCAGACAUCACCGCACUGGAGCCGUGUAGUAGCGGUAGCCAGGAUCUCCGAGAGGUCCGCGAUCUACAGGUCUCAAAAGUGGUUCGCCAGCGCCUUGGCCUUGAAGAGUGA